GGGUGCAGGGACGGGCCUGGCGCACGUCGAGGGCCACACCAGGCUCUGCGGUGGAGAGCUGAGCUCUGAGUUAGCAGCCAGGCGGCCAGACCUAGCAGAGCUGUCCGCGGGGCGGAGCUACGGAGACUGCAAGGAUGCUGACUGUCCCGGAAAUGGGCCUGCAAGGGCUGUAUAUCAGUUCUAGCCCAGAGAGAUCCCCGGUGCCCAGCCCACCAGGCUCCCCAAGGACCCAGGAAAGCUGUGGCAUUGCCCCCCUCACACCUUCACAGUCUCCAAAGCCAGAGGCCCGAGUCCCACAGCAGGCUUCCUUCUCUGUGGUUGUGGCCAUCGACUUUGGGACCACAGCAAGUGGCUAUGCCUUCAGCUUCGCUAGUGACCCUGAGGCCAUCCACAUGAUGAGGAAAUGGGAGGGAGGGGACCCAGGCGUGGCCCACCAGAAGACCCCUACUUGUCUGCUGCUUACCCCAGAGGGCAUCUUUCACAGUUUUGGCUACACUGCCCGUGACUACUACCACGACCUAGACCCGGAGGAGGCUCGGGACUGGCUCUACUUUGAGAAGUUUAAGAUGAAGAUCCACAGUGCCACCGAUCUCACCUUGAAGACCCAGCUAGAGGCAGUGAAUGGAAAGAAGAUGCCGGCACUGGAGGUGUUUGCCCAUGCCCUCCGCUUUUUCAAGGAGCACGCCCUUCAGGAGCUCAGAGAGCAGAACCAGUGCAUGCUUGAGAACGCUGUACGCUGGGUGCUGACAGUGCCUGCCAUCUGGAAACAGCCAGCUAAGCAGUUCAUGAGAGAGGCUGCCUACCUGGCUGGCCUGGUGUCUCGAGAGGAUGCAGAAAAACUACUAAUUGCCCUGGAGCCUGAGGCCGCCUCUGUCUACUGUCGAAAACUUCGCCUGCACCAGCUCAUGGACCUGAGUUGCCGGACUGCAGGUGGUGGGCGCCUGGGUGAGCGCCGGUCUAUUGACUCCAGCUUUCGGCAUGCCCGGGAGCAGCUGCGCAAGUCUCGCCACAGCCGAACGUUCCUGGUAGAGUCCGGUGUGGGAGAACUGUGGGCAGAGAUGCAGGAAGGAGACCGCUACAUGGUGGCGGACUGUGGGGGUGGCACCGUGGACCUGACCGUACACCAGCUGGAGCAACCUCAUGGCACCCUCAAGGAGCUCUACAAGGCUUCUGGCGGCCCUUAUGGUGCGGUAGGGGUGGACUUGGCCUUUGAGCAGCUGCUCUGCCGCAUAUUCGGGGAGGAUUUCAUCGCCAAAUUCAAAAGGCAACGGCCAGCAGCUUGGGUGGAUCUAACCAUUGCCUUCGAGGCCCGCAAACGCACGGCAGGCUCGCACCACACGGGGGCGCUCAACAUUUCACUCCCCUUCUCUUUCAUCGACUUCUACCGCAAACAGCGAGGCCACAAUGUGGAGACCGCUCUGCGCAGGAGCAGUGUGAACUUCGUGAAGUGGUCCUCACAGGGGAUGCUCCGGAUGUCCAGUGAGGCUAUGAAUGAGCUGUUCCAGCCCACAGUCACUGGGAUUAUCCAGCACAUAGAGAUGCUGCUGGCUAAGCCUGAGGUGCAAGGUGUAAAGCUGCUAUUCUUGGUGGGAGGCUUUGCGGAGUCCCCGGUGCUGCAGCAUGCGGUGCAGGCAGCACUGGGUCCUCGUGGCCUGCGCGUUGUGGUUCCUCACGAUGUGGGCCUCACCAUCCUCAAGGGAGCAGUGCUCUUUGGCCAGGCACCUGGUGUGGUGCGAGUCCGCCGCUCUCCUCUCACUUAUGGCGUGGGCGUGCUCAACCGUUUUGUGCCUGGCCACCACCCACCCGAGAAACUGCUGGUUCGGGAUGGGCGCCGCUGGUGCACUGAUGUCUUUGAGCGCUUCGUAGCAGCAGAGCAGUCGGUGGCCCUGGGAGAGGAGGUGCGACGCAGCUACUGCCCUGCUCGCCCAGGCCAGCGGCGUGUGCUCAUCAAUCUGUACUGCUGUUCUGCGGAGGAUGCACGCUUCAUCACUGACCCUGGUGUGCGCAAGUGUGCUGCACUCAGCCUGGAGCUUGAGCCCGAAGGCUGCCCGGAAAACACCGGCACAUCCCCCAGCCGCCGCGAGAUCCGGGCUGCCAUGCAGUUUGGUGAUACCGAGAUUAAGGUCACUGCUGUGGAUGUCAGCACUAAUCGCUCUGUGCGAGCAGCCAUCGACUUUCUUUCCAACUGAGGGCGCACUUUUCAGUGGGGACACAACAUGCUAGUUUUCACAACUGAGCCCCUUUCUCCCUACCUUGAGAGAAAUGUGGUGAGGGUGCAUGGAGACUCGCUUUGGGAUUGUGCCUUGGUCUGCUGACUGGAACACUUAAAAGGCCCCCUUACCACAAGAGGCGAGGUGGCAUAAGAGACUUCUAACAAGUUUGCUGGAGGGUGAGCCUGGCUUGGCAAGUGUGUGACCGUGAAGGUAA